UUCCGGAAGGGUAGUAGCGUCCGUACGUGUUAGAGUAUCUGCCUUACAAUUGGGUAGUUACCAACCAUUGAAGAGUACCGUAGUCCAAAGAGACACAAAGAAGUACAGUGUCGCGGACGUUGUCUUUGUUUGGCAAAUAGUCCUUCACGAACGGGAACGUCGCCUAGUAUUGUACACGUUUUACCAUGGCGGGAGGCAGUGCGCAUCACUCUUGGCAUCCACACAAUGGCGCUUCGUCGUCCGCGUACAAAGUCACUGCGCUCUCCUCUACGGGAAGCAGUCACGGUCGGUACCCUCCCACCAAAGCUCACCAUCAUCACACUCGUCCGCACGACGUUGCCGCGAUGCUCGCUCGUGGCUACUCGGCGCGAUUCCUCGGAGCCAACGUGCCGCAAUCCUUAACUGUUUGUCGCAAGGACGAAAUCGAAAAAGACCUCCGUCACAUGCAGGCCUAUUACCAAGCCGUGCAGCACUACGAACAGCAGUGUUAUUUGCACCACAAUCCCGACGCCGUAAACGCGACACCCGACCCCUACCACAACGGCACCGCACCCGCUCUGCUCCGCGGAGCCCCGGGGACAACGCGGUUGCCCAUUCGCAUUGAUCCGGAAGAAGAAAAGCGUCGGGAUGUCUUGCGACAAACAAUGCUAGUCGCGGAACACGAACGGGCGCAACUCGAGCAACAGUACGUGUCCCUCAUGGCCCACUACGUGGAUGUUGCCCAAGCCCUGCAACAGGCCACACAGAACCAGCGUGAAUCGGUGGACUUUUUGCAAGCCGCCGUCGACCAGAAAGCCCGGGCAGUGGCCUGGAUGCGGGCCAAAACGCAAUUGGCCCGGGAUGUUCGGGACGUCCUGCAACACCGCGGACGAGUGCUGGCCGCCGCCCACGGCGACCAAACCGCCCCGGUCCCUUCCGUUCCCUCGCUCGCACUCGCCGAAGACGACCCCCUCUACCAAAUAUGGAACGAAUGGGAAAACAACGCGCCCACCAUUGCAUCCAAUAAUGCCAACAGCAACAAGGCGGGCAAAAAGGCUCCCGUCAAGCCCACCAAGAAUGUCACCGUGUGGCCCAGCACGGUGUUGGCGGCGACCCCGCCGGGCGUACCCUUACUCUUGUCGGCCACCAGCAAGGCACCCGAAAAGUCGCUGGCCAUGGGGAUGAACGGGGACUUGUGUUGGUUUCCCACCCACGUGCCCGACGACGUGAGCUCUCACGACCGUAUAACGCCCACGGCAACCUCGGCGGCGACGACGACUACUACCACAACGGCUUCCUCAACGACUGUGGUCGUAACCGAGGAAGAAGACGAAUCGGAAGUGGUGGACCAAUUGCGCGACACUGUCACGGCCUUGUCCCACGAACUGGAGCAGGAACAAGCGCAAAACGCCGCGAUUGCGUCGAAAUUGUGGGAAUCCCGUUUAGCUCAGGAUGAAUGGGUAGCCAUGAUGAACAUUCUCCGUCAAGAAACGGAAGGCAUCUUGCACCGACACAAUGUCUUGCUGGAAUCCGACAUGGCGUUGGAACGCGCAGCGGCAAAGGAACUGGCCGAGGAAGGGACAGACGAAGAUGACGGUUCCGGGGCGGACCGGCAGAGUUCGGUCCCUCCGGAAGUCACCACGACGACGGCACCGAUCCGCAAGGCGGACGAAGCCAAUGAUGGAGACGACGAGGACAGUCUGGACGAAGAGGAGGAAGAACCACAGAGCAGUAUUGCGGUAGUAGCGGAGGCUGCGGGGAAACGGUCUACAAUCGAGCCGGAUGGAGCUGGUCCCCGGGUUAGCAGCAAGCGACGUCGAUUGUAACGUGCUGCCGGAACGACACGAAAUUCUAGAUACACGGACGAAGCCACUAAGUAUAAGCCAGAUUUGGAAGGU